CUACCAACAAUCUUGUUGGUACCAUUCCAACUCAAAUUGGAGCUCUUCAUAAUCUUACCCAUUUGGAUUUGUCUAACAACAAUCUUAAUAGUACCAUUUCAACUCAAAUUGGAGCUCUUCGUUAUCUUAGCGAUUUAGACUUGUCUACCAACAAUCUUGUUGGUACUAUUCCAACUCAAUUUGGAGCCUUUCAAAAUCUUAUCCAUUUGGACUUGUCUUACAAUAAUCUUAUUGGUACCAUUCCAACUCAAAUUGGAGCUCUUCAUAAUCUUGCCUAUUUGGACUUGUCUAACAACAAUUUUAAUGGUACCAUUCCAAAUCAAAUUGGAGCUCUUCAUAAUCUUACCCAUUUGGACUUGUCUAACAACAAUCUUAACGGUGCCAUUCCAACUCAAGUUGGAGCUCUUCAUAAUCUUGCCUAUUUAGACUUGUCUAACAACAAUCUUUUUGGUACCAUUCCAACUCAAAUUGGAGCUCUUCAUAAUCUUGCCUAUUUGGACUUGUCUAACAACAAUUUUAAUGGUACCAUUCCAAAUCAAAUUGGAGCUCUUCAUAAUCUUACCCAUUUGGACUUGUCUAACAACAAUCCUAACGGUGCCAUUCCAACUCAAAUUGGAGCUCUUCAUAAUCUUGCCUAUUUAGACUUGUCUAACAACAAUCUUUUUGGUAGUAUUCCAGCACAGCUAGAAGAUCUUCCACAUCUCGGAUAUCUAAGCUUGUCUCAUAACCAUUUUAGUUCAAAGGAGAAGGAUGCACUACUUCAGAGCAAAUGGUGGAACAUCAAAGAUAAUGCCUCAAACUGUUAUUGUGACUGGCAUGGCAUAUCUUGCAAUAGCGUUGAAAAUGUAAUUUCAAUUGACCAACCAAGAAUCCAUUCACAACAACCUCGGCUAGCAGAUCUCAACUUCAUUGCAUUUCCAAAACUAAAAUAUUUGAAUCUUUCUAGAAUGGGAAUAAUAGGUGAUAUCCCUUCUUCCAUUUUCAAUUUGACAAAUCUAGAAGAGUUUGAUGUUUCUCAAAAUCAACUAAUUGGUGGCAUACCAAUAAAGUUUGAAUAUUUAUAUUCUCUUUCUCUUCUAAAUGUCUCCCAAAACAAGCUGAGUGGAAUUGUGCCUUACUUUAGGAACAGGUUCAAUGACAAUUUUCAUGUUGACUUUAGUCACAACAAAAUCAAUAGACUAUUACCAUCUGGGAUAUGCACUUUUCCAUCAAAAUGUAGCAUUGAUUUGAGCUACAAUAAUAUCUCUGGUAAUAUACCUAGAGAGCUUGGUGAGCUGCUCUACAUCAACUUGUCAUACAAUCAUCUCAGCGGCUAUGUCCCUAGUGAAGUUUAUAGCUCUUUUCCUCAUGACAUUUUAAAUGGUAAUAAAGAAUUACUUGGUCUAGAGAAGAUAUAUGAUUCUUCUAAAGAUUCAAAGUCUUUGUUGAAAAUCAUUAUUCCUUUGACAAUUUUUGUUGUCAUCAUAUUUGUUGGGGGUUUCAUCUGGUUUCAUUCUUUCAAAAAGAACAAGAAAUUCAUAAUUGAGACAAGAGAAACAAAAAAUGGGGAUUUGUUUUCCAUAUGGAAUUAUGAUGGAAAAAUUGCAUAUGAAAAUAUUAUAGAAGCAACAGAGGACUUUGACAUCAAAUAUUGUAUUGGAACUGGUUCCUAUGGAAGUGUUUAUAGAGCACAACUUCCUAGUGGCAAAAUUGUAGCAUUAAAAAAACUCCAUAGAAGAGAAUAUGGAAACACAUCUUUUGCCAAGAGUUUUCACAAUGAAGUGAAGAUGUUGAGUGAAAUUCGACAUCGCAAUAUUAUAAAGCUUCAUGGUUUUUGCAUACAUAAUCAGUGCAUGUUUCUCAUCUAUGAAUACAUGGAAAGAGGAAGCCUUUUUUAUGUGUUGAAUAAUGAUGACGAAGCUAAAGAGUUGGAUUGGGGUAAGAGAGUGAAUGUCAUCAAAGGAAUAGCAAAUGCUUUGUUCUACAUGCAUCAUGAUUGCGUUCCUCCAAUUAUCCAUCGAGACAUAACAAGUAGUAAUAUAUUGUUCAACUCAAAGAUGGAGGCUUUUCUAUCUGACUUUGGCACAGCUAAAAUCAUUGAUCCAGAUACAUCUAAUCAAACUCUUCUAGUUGGUACUUAUGGUUAUGUUGCUCCAGAGCUUGCAUACACCUUGGCUGUGACUGAAAAAUGUGAUGUUUAUAGUUUUGGAGUGGUUACAAUGGAAACAAUUAUGGGAAAACAUCCUGGAGAUUUAAUAUCAUCUUUUUCAAAGGCCAACACUGAAAGCAUUUUGCUAAAGGAUGUGCUAGACCCACAUGUCCAGCUGCCAUCACAAAAAGAUGCAAGAGAUGUGACUCUUUUGGUCACAAUAGCAUUAGCAUGCUUAAAUCCAUCUCCCAAAUCUCGACCAACAAUGCAACAAGUGUCUCAAAAGCUUUUAUCCUCCGACUUGCCACUAACCACUCCUUUCAAUGAUAUCUCAAUCCAGCAUUUACUAAAUCAAGAUAUGCAAAUAAUCUAGUCUGAUAAAUAGCUGAGAUUUGGCUUUAUGUUUGCUCUAUGCCGUAGAUGAAACCUUUAAGGAUUUGUCAGUUUUAUGUUUGCUUAAUGCCUCACAUGAAAUCUUUAAGCAUUUGUCGCAAAGUCUAGAUUUGAAGCUUGCCAUAUGUGUAAUCUCUUGCAGCUGAUAUUUGCCCAUCAAAAAACUCUUUGUAUGUCAA